AGUUCCUGUUUCGCUAGGAGAGCAUAUUGCAUGGCUGCUAGUUCCACAAACCAUAUCUGCAUUCACACAGACCACACACACCCUUGCCACUGUUCGCCUGAACGGAUGGGCUGUGCCUUAAACUGAAUGUUACCUGCCCUGGACCUUGUGGAAUGGCAGUUUGUCCACAUCACUGCUCAAUUAAGGACUUUCUUCUCCUGGUCAGCUGUGUGCUGUCAGGUUCAGUCUGUUUAUCAGACCCCCCCCUGCCCAACCCCCCAGCCCCCUCUCUGACCCAGCGGACACCCCGGGCGGGGGACACAUUACACCUGGUCUGCCGGGCCCCGGAUGGCUACGCAGGGCUCCUGUUCCGUCUCAACAGAGUGACAGUGCAGGUGGACCAGGUGCGGUUUCAGGAGGAGAGGCAGGAGGCUGGCUUCAGUCUGCAAGGCGAGGCUGGGGCCGGUCAGGAUUACUACUGCUGCAUGUACGAGGACCGGCACGGGAAGUACAGCGCCUUCAGCCCCUACAUGCGCCCCAGCGAUCCAGUCUCCCCUCCCCCGCAGCCCUUCCUGACGGUGGAGCCCCGCAGCGGGAGGGUCUCCCAGGGCCAGAGCCUAGCCUUCCGCUGCACCCCCCCACCCUCCCACAGCCCGGACCCCCAGGCCUUCUUCCUGUUCAGGGCGGGGGUGCAGAGCGAGGGGUCCCUGGCCCCUCCCGUGGCCCUGGUCUCGCAGCACACUGGCAGCACAGGUUCUGAGGGGUCCUUCCUCAUUGGCCCUGUGAGGGGAGGGGAGGGGGGCUCCUACACCUGCGUGUACCAGGUGGUCCUGCCCGGAGCCCGCCACAUGAACUCCACUGCCAGCCGGCCUGUGCACAUCUCCGUCUCAGAGCUGUUGCCACGGCCCACGCUGUCUGUGGUGGCCCCGGACCCUGGAGAGGAGGGGGUAACCCUGGAGUGUACGGGGCCACAGGCGUACCCCGGGGCCCAGUUCACGCUGUUCCGUGUGGGCUCCUCGCUCUCUGUGAGCUCCCUCAGAGCGAGCCCCGCACGUCACACGGUGUACUUCACCCUGCCCCUCCCCCCACCAUACCCAGAACAGUACCAGUGCCAGUACAGCAUGUUCCUGGUCCAGGCCUGGAGAGAGUCUGAGCACAGCCUCCCCCUCACUGUGCCCAGCCAAACAGGAAAAGACCUCAUCACUCCCCCCCCUUCACCGCCCCCUUCCUCAGGAGCUCCUGACUGGCCUCUGAUAGCGGGCUGUGCAUCUGCAGUGCUGCUAUUCCUGGUGGUGCUCACAGGGCUAGGGAUUGGAGUGCAGAGGCGAGUGAAGGCACUGGCAGAGAAAAAGAAGAGGAGGGAGGAAGCUCGUUUCUGGAACCAUCUCCACUCUGCGGACCAUACCCUCGACCUGACCUUGAGGCCCAUCAGCAUCGGCUCUCAGGAAUGGGGUCCCAGUUCCACAGCCCGCCUCAGAACAUCCUCUCUGUCAGCCCCGCAGUGCCCUCUCUCUACGUUUGAGAACCCUGCACCCAGCUGACUACAACUCCCAUGAGCCCCUGCUCUCUAGCUCUCUCUAUCUCUCUCAGUAUCUCUCUCCUCCCAUGAUUUAUUUGCUUGUAAAUAAGUAUGUUUACCCGAGAAAGGUUUGGUUCACAGUGAAUGUGUCAGGGUGCUUGUCCUAUAUGUCCUAUAUUGUCCGAUAUUUAUGAUAUCAUUGAGCCACACUGAUUCAAACGAACCACACUGAUCUGGCACUGGCUUGCUUACUUAUGAUACUCUGCAUGUAAAUCUAUUCCAGUUCAUUAACAAUUAGCAAUGUGACACACACACACACACACACACAUGCACGCACGCACGCACACACACACACACAGACACACACACACACACACACACACACACACACGCACACACACACAUUCUCUCCUGCUCCUGUAUUUUCACUUUCAGUUCAGUUCAUGUUUUUUAAAUCUUUAUUCCCCAUGUUAUAUCUGCUCUCUCCUCAGUACAUACAUAUGCCUUAAUUAACAUUGUUCUGGUGAAAACUCACACCUUUUCAAAUAUGUUCAAAUAUUGCCCUUAUAAUUAUAUUAUGAAUGGUAUGUACAUAAAGUUUCUGUGUAUACAUAUUAAUUGAAGAGACUAUUCAAAGUGUUGAAAUGGUAUAAUGUAAUAUGAAUGUGUCCAAUAAAUGUAUAUCAUUAAUGAA